UUCACAUCUAAUCUACUACUCGUCUACUCCACAGCUCCACUGAACAACCCCAAUCGCGACGAAAUCCUGAAUUCAUUGUGAGUGAAGAAGCAUAAGGUGCGAGCGAGCGAGCAAUCAUGGUUUACAUUACUUCAUGGGACGAGUUUUUGGAUCGAUCCGUUCAGCUAUUCCGCGCCGAUCCCGAUUCUACGCGGUAUGUUAUGAAGUACAGACACUGUGAUGGAAAGCUGGUGCUUAAGGUCACCGAUAAUCGACAGUGUCUUAAGUAUAAGACAGACCAAGCACAAGAAGCUAAGAAGAUGGAAAAGCUUAACAACAUAUUCUUUACGUUGAUGGCUCGGGGACCAGAAGUGGAUCUUUCUGAAGUCACCGGGAAAGAACAAACGGAUGCACAGCCGGUGAAAAAAGGAAGAGGAAGGAAGCAAUAACUGAUGUAUAUUAAAAAUAGACCAUGAAUCUUAGGAAAUAUGUGAUGAUUUUGAUAGAUUUUUCAAUCAGAUAGGAGUAACUCAGGGUCAAGGGACUUAGCAUUGCAAUUGCCUCUGUUUUUAUUUUUAAUGUACUUUUUUUUAUUAAACAGGCUCCUCUUUUCUUUCUGAUUUCA